CAUUGCUGUCUGGAUGCUCCUCUCUCUCCGUGGCCAUCAUGUCUUUGACUUCUGCCUACCAGCAUAAAUUAGCAGAGAAGCUCACUAUCCUGAAUGACCGAGGUCAGGGGGUUCUCAUCCGAAUGUAUAACAUCAAGAAGACUUGUUCAGACCCCAAAUCCAAGCCCCCUUUCUUACUGGAAAAGUCCAUGGAAUCAUCUCUCAAGUACAUCAACAAGAAAUUUCCCAACAUAGAUGUCCGAAACAGCACGCAACAUUUAGGACCAGUACAUCGGGAAAAAUCUGAGAUAAUUAGAUUCCUCACCAACUACUACCAGUCAUUUGUGGACGUUAUGGAAUUUCGGGAUCAUGUAUAUGAACUUCUCAACACGAUUGAUGCCUGCCAGUGCCAUUUUGAUAUCAAUCUCAACUUUGACUUCACUCGGAGUUACCUGGACUUGAUAGUGACUUAUACCUCAGUUAUUUUACUUCUGUCACGGAUUGAGGAUCGACGGGUACUCAUUGGUGUGUACAACUGUGCCCAUGAAAUGCUGCAUGGACAUAGUGACCCCAGUUUUGCCCGUCUGGGUCAGAUGGUCUUGGAGUAUGACCACCCUCUGAAGAAGCUGACAGAGGAGUUUGGGCCUCACACAAAGGCUGUGAGUGGAGCCCUGCUUUCUUUGCACUUUCUGUUUGUCCGAAGGAACCAGGGGGCUGAGCAGUGGCGCAGUGCCCAGCUUCUAAGUCUCAUCAGCACCCCUGCAGCCAUGAUUAACCCUGCUAAUUCAGACACAAUGGCCUGUGAGUACCUGUCUGUGGAAGUGAUGGAGCGCUGGAUUGUCAUUGGGUUUCUUCUUUGUCACGGGUGCCUCAACUCCAAUAGCCAGUGCCAGAAGCUGUGGAAGCUGUGUCUGCAGGGUUCCCUGUACAUCACCCUCAUACGGGAGGAUGUGCUACAAGUGCACAAGGUCACCGAGGAUCUGUUUAGCGGUUUCAAAGGGUAUGGCAAGCGAGUGGCGGACGUAAAGGAAAGCAAGGAACAUGCAAUUGCAAACAGUGGCCAGUUUCACUCUCAAAGGCGUCAGUUUCUGCGGAUGGCUGUGAAGGAGCUGGAGACUGUGUUAACCGAUGAACCAGGACUACUGGGUCCCAAGGCCCUUUUUGCUUUCAUGGCCCUGUCCUUCAUUCGUGAUGAGGUCAAUUGGCUGGUUCGCCACGCAGAAAAUGUCACCAAGACGAAGACCCCUGAGGACUACACUGACUCGAGCAUUGCAGAACUGCUUUUCUUGUUGGAGGAGAUUAGGGCUCUGGUCCGAAGACACAUCAAGGUGAUAGAGCAAUACCACCUUCAGUACCUGGCCAGAUUUGAUGCUCUUGUGCUCAGUGACAUCAUUCAAAACCUGUCUGUGUGUCCUGAGGAGGAGUCCAUCAUAAUGUCCUCAUUCGUCAAUACUCUCUCCUCUCUGAAUCUCAAACAAGUUGAUAAUGGAGAAAAAUUUGAAUUUUCUGGAUUGAGGCUGGACUGGUUCCGUCUACAGGCGUAUACCAGUGUGGCUAAGGCUCCCCUGCACCUGCACGAGAACCCUGACUUAGCCAAGGUGAUGAACCUCAUUGUCUUUCACUCUCAAAUGCUGGACUCAGUAGAGAAUAUGCUGGUGGAAACUUCUGAUUUAUCUACUUUCUGCUUUCAUCUUCGUACCUUUGAGAAGAUGUUUGCUAUGACCCUGGAGGAACCUGCCAUGUUGCGUUAUGCCAUUGCUUUUCCCCUGAUUUGUGCUCACUUUGUCCACUGCACUCAUGAGAUGUGCCCAGAGGAGUACCCCCACCUGAAGAACCAUGGUCUUCAUCACUGCAACUCCUUCCUGGAAGAGUUGGCCAAGCAGACCAGCAACUGUGUCCUGGAGGUCUGUGCUGAGCAGCGAAACCUGAGUGAGCAGCUUCUACCUAAGCACUGUGCCACUACCAUCAGCAAGGCCAAAAACAAGAAAACCAUGAAGCAGAGGCAGACUCCGAGAAAAGGAGAGCCUGAGAGGGACAAACCAGGAGCUGAGAGUCACCGGAAGAACCGCAGCAUUGUCACCAACAUGGACAAGCUACACCUAAACUUGACAGAAUUGGCACUGACAAUGAAUCAUGUACACAGCUUCUGUGUAUUUGAACACACCAUCUUCCCUUCUGAGUAUCUCAGCAGCCAUCUGGAGGCCAGACUCAACAGAGCCAUUGUGUGGCUGGCUGGCUACAAUGCCACAACCCAGGAGAUCGCCAGGCCUUCUGAGCUCUUGGCAGGAGUCAAAGCGUACAUCGGUUUCAUAAAGUCACUGGCCCAGUUUUUGGGUGCAGAUGUGUCCAGAGUCAUCCGCAAUGCCCUCCUGCAGCAGACGCAACCACUGGACUCGUGUGGGGAACAGACUAUCACCACUCUCUACACAAAUUGGUACCUAGAAAGUCUGCUUAGACAGGCGAGCAGUGGGACCAUUAUCCUCUCACCAGCCAUGCAGGCCUUCAUCAGCCUCCCCAGAGAAGGGGAGCAGAACUUCAGCGCAGAGGAGUUCUCUGACAUCUCUGAGUUGCGGGCUUUGGCUGAACUCCUGGGCCCCUAUGGCAUGAAGUUCCUGAGUGAAAACCUGAUGUGGCAUGUGACCUCUCAGAUUGUGGAGCUGAAGAAGCUGGUGGUGGAAAACAUGGAUGUACUUGUUCAGAUCAGAUCCAACUUUAGCAAGGCAGACUUGAUGGCUUCUCUGCUUCCCCAGCUGAUGGGGGCUGAUAAUGUGCUGAAGCGUAUGACCAUCAUUGGAGUUAUCCUCAGUUUUAGGGCCAUGGCCCAAGAGGGACUUCGGGAGGUUUUCUCCUCCCACUGCCCAUUUCUUAUGGGUCCCAUUGAGUGCCUGAAGGAGUUUGUCACCCCAGACACAGAUAUCAAGGUGACCCUGAGUGUCUUUGAGCUGGCAUCUGCUGCAGGGGUGGGCUGUGACAUUGACCCAGCUCUGGUGGCUGCCAUUGCCAAUCUGAAAACUGAUACGUCAUCCCCUGAGGAAGAAUAUAAGGUGGCCUGCCUGCUCUUGAUCUUUCUUGCCGUUUCCCUCCCCCUCCUUGCCAUGGACCCAGCUUCCUUCUAUAGCAUUGAGAAGGAUGGUUACAGCAACAAUAUUCACUGCUUGACCAAAGCCAUCAUCCAGGUGUCUGCUGCCCUCUUCACCCUCUACAACAAGAACAUUGAAACUCACCUCAAGGAAUUUCUGGUGGUAGCUUCCGUCAGCCUCCUGCAGCUGGGCCAGGAGACUGACAAGCUUAAAACCAGAAAUCGGGAAUCCAUUUCUCUGCUCAUGCGCUUGGUGGUGGAGGAAUCCUCCUUCCUGACCCUGGACAUGCUGGAGUGCUGUUUCCCAUAUGUCCUGCUUCGAAAUGCCUAUCGGGAGGUAUCCCGGGCCUUCCACCUGAACCGAGUGUCGGCCAGUACCCACUGAAGGGCCCCUUGGACCUACCUCAGCCCAUGCUGCACUGGAAACUGUGGCUAUUUUCUCAAAGGGUGGGAAUGGGGUGGGGUCACUAGAGAGAGGAUCAGCCGGAGUUGGUGAAGAGGAAUAUGGGGGAGCAGCCCAGGGCUGAGAUAUCAUAGAGAAGUGGGGCCCACUGGGGCGGGGAGUGGAGGAUUUUUUAAUGGAAAAAAGUUAGGGGAUUGGGGCCACGGGUAUGAAUUUUUACAAUGAAAAAAUCUUGACACACAA